ACCAUUUGCGAUGGGCGGUGGGUUUUCCCGGUGAACUCUCUACGCGGAGAGCGCUCGCGGGAUUACUCGCUACCCUCCAUCGAAAUCUUCUUCGUGAGUCCCUGGUUUUAUAGCCCUAGUUUACGGCGAACUGCUUGAAGAAUCUUCGUUGUUUCCCCUGCGAGGUUUCGCCCAAGGUCGAUUCUUUUUGACGCCGGUAAUGGAUCUUUCGACCAGGUUGCAAACCCUCGACCUCCGAUCGGGAUUCCUGUCGGGCUCGCCCCUUUUGGACGCCGGAAAGGCAGGAAUCCUGCCGCGGGUCCGUCCCUCCUCGGUUUCUCCCGCUGUGAAUAGGCGAUUCGGUGCGUCGUUUGUUAAAAGGACUGGCUUUGCUGGCUCUAGGAUCAGAAGGCUCCGCGUUUCCCCCAGGGCCGCCGUGGAGACGGCCGUUGUGGAUGCCGACACCGCCGCAGACCUCGAAUCCCUCUUCUCGGAGAGCGCCGUGGAUGAUGCGUCGAGGAGGCAGGGGAAGAAGAAGUCGAGCACUGGGGCGUCGAGCGUCUCGUCAGGGGUUAGGUUAGAGAAUAUCAGUAAAAGCUUCAAAGGUGUGACCUUGCUGAAGGACGUCAGCUGGGAGGUGAAGAAAGGGGAGAAGGUUGGGUUGGUCGGCGUGAAUGGUGCCGGGAAAACCACUCAGCUGAGGAUUAUCGCCGGGUUGGAGGAGCCGGACUCCGGGAAUGUGGUUAAGGCGAAGGAGAAUAUGAAGAUCGCGUUCUUGAGCCAGGAGUUUGGAGUUCGCCAAAACAGGACAGUGAAAGAGGAGUUCUUGAGCGUUUUCAAGGAGGAGGCGGAGGUUGCAGAUAGGUUGGAGAAGGUCCAGAAAGCGUUGGAGAGCUCUGUAGAGGACCUGAGCUUGAUGGCGAGGUUGCUGGAUGAGUUGGACUUGCUUCAGAGGCGGUCACAGGAUCUGGACCUAGAUCAAGUGGAUGUGAAAAUUAGUAAGUUGAUGCCUGAGCUUGGUUUUGCGCCUGAGGAUUCUGAUCGGUUGGUAGCAUCAUUCAGCAGUGGGUGGCAGAUGAGAAUGUCUCUUGGGAAAAUUCUACUUCAGGAUCCUGACUUGCUGCUGCUUGAUGAGCCCACUAAUCACCUUGAUCUGGAUGCAAUCGAGUGGCUGGAAGGCUAUCUUAAUAAGCAAGAUGUGCCCAUGGUUAUUAUAUCCCAUGACAGAGCUUUCCUUGAUCAACUGUGCACGAAAAUGGUAGAAACAGAUAUGGGAGUGUCCAGGACAUUUAUGGGUAACUAUUCUGAAUAUGUGCUAGCAAAAGCAGCAUGGGUAGAAACUCAACACGUGGCAUGGGAAAAGCAACAGAAGGAGAUUGAGCACACGAGAGACUUGAUAAACAGAUUAGGAGCUGGAGUUAAUGCUGGACGUGCAUCCAGUGAAGAGAAGAAAUUGGAGAAACUCAAAGAAGAAGGACAAGUUGAGAAGCCUUUUCAGAGAAAGCAAUUAAAAAUUAGAUUCCCAGAGCGUGGGAGAAGUGGGAGAACAGUCCUAACCAUUAAGAACCUAAAUUUUGGAUAUGGUGAUAAGGUUUUGUUUAAAAAGGCAAAUCUUUUAGUUGAGAGGGGUGAGAAAAUAGCUAUUAUCGGGCCAAAUGGUUGCGGAAAGAGCAGUUUGCUUAAACUUAUUAUGGGACUGGAGAAGUCUCAAGGGGGUGAUGUUUUGCUUGGGGAGCAUAAUGUGUUGCCAAAUUAUUUUGAACAAAACCAGGCAGAAGCACUUGAUCUGGAGAAAACUGUGCUAGAGACAGUUGAAGAAGCUGCAGAAGACUGGAGAAUUGAUGACAUAAAAGGUCUCCUUGGUCGUUGUAACUUCAAAUCAAAUAUGCUUGAUAGAAAAGUUUCUGUUUUGAGUGGUGGAGAAAAGGCACGACUUGCUUUUUGCAAAUUUAUGGUGAAGCCAUCUACAUUAUUAGUUUUGGAUGAACCAACCAAUCAUUUAGAUAUACCAUCAAAAGAGAUGCUAGAGGAGGCUAUAUCUGAGUACCAGGGAACUGUUAUCACCAUUUCUCAUGAUCGUUAUUUCAUACGACAGAUAGUCAAUAGAGUGGUAGAGGUGAAAGAUGAAACCCUGCAAGACUAUGCAGGAGAUUACAAUUAUUAUCUGGAAAAGAACCUUGAGGCUAGAGAUAGAGAACUGGAGCGCGAGGCUGAACUUGAAGAAAGGGCUCCAAAAGUAAAAGCCAAAUCUAAGAUGUCAAAGGAGAUGAAAGCUGCCAGAAAGAAGCAGAAAAUGGUGGCUUUUCAGCAAGCAAAAGCAAAGUCUAAAGGGUUGAAGAAUGCAAAGCGAUGGAAAUGAUGAUGUACAAAAGCAUGUAGAAUGCAACAAAGAGUGAUGAAUGGUCCUCAAGCGAUGAGAACAUACAAGAUUUAUGCAGAUCAAAAUAUCAAUACUGUAAUUAAAAAUGUUAAGAUUGUAUAUAAUACAUGGGUACAAACACUACCAAACAAGUAAAUGUAAGCUUAGCUCUUCCUAGAA